AUGGGUGUGGAGGUCAGGGGCGGAGCAAGUGAGGGGAAUGAAAGUUCACUUCCUAUGGAGAUGUGCUCCAACUUCGAUGCAGAUGAGAUACGGAGGUUGGGGAAGCGAUUUCGCAAGUUGGAUCUAGACAACUCUGGAGCUCUUAGUGUUGAAGAGUUCAUGUCGCUUCCAGAAUUACAGCAGAAUCCUUUAGUGCAGAGAGUCAUAGACAUCUUUGAUGCAGAUGGGAAUGGGGAAGUUGAUUUUAAAGAGUUCAUACAAGGGGUCUCACAGUUCAGUGUGAAAGGAGACAAAGAGUCAAAGCUGAGGUUUGCUUUUAGGAUCUAUGAUAUGGACAAUGAUGGCUAUAUCUCCAAUGGAGAACUGUUUCAGGUCUUGAAGAUGAUGGUUGGAAAUAAUCUCAAAGAUACACAACUGCAACAAAUAGUUGACAAGACAAUCCUCUUCCAUGAUAAAGAUGAGGAUGGGAAGAUCUCUUUUGAAGAGUUCUGUGCAAUUGUUGGGAACACAGAUGUGCACAAAAAGAUGGUGGUGGACGUCUGAGUUCAGAGCCAAUCAGCUUGCCUCUGUUCUCCCUCUUUUGUCAUAUUCUGGCUCUUCUUAUUUUGCGAUCCUGGUUUAAGUUCACUGUAGAUGGAGUUCUCCAUCUUGCUAGUCUUAUUAUCCAAGUCAGGUUUUUUCCUCUCUCCCACUUCUAAGUACUGUGAUAUGUAUGAAUCAGGUGUUGUGUUCCAUCCGUGGAGAGAUAAGAUAUCAGAUCAGAUAAGAAGGGAAGAAGAUGCAUUCAGAUUUAUCCAUUUUUGCCCGUCUCUCUCCUGUCUCAGUCGGAAAAGGAAAAAGAACAAAGCCAUGUUUUCUGCAUUCAUUCGGUCACCCUCCUACACCCGAGCAAAAAAACACAAUUUUUUCAUACUUUUUGAUGGUGUGAUAUCAUAUUGUUGGUGUUGUCCUGUUAUGAUCAUUUACUACCAGUACCUUUAAAAAAGUUUUUAUAUCUUUCAUUACCUGCUAUAUAUAAAUAUUUAUCUGGGAUCCCCAUUUGCCUCCCUUGAGAUGCGACAGUUUGAGUGAGUCGAGUGAAUUUGGGUUUGCCUUCUCCUGCUUGAACCCUGCCGGAUGCCUGCCUGUGAACCUUGUAUGCCAAAAUCCUCUUCUCUUUCCUGGCAUUCUCUUUCUUUCCACUUGUCUCUUAUAUGCCUCCUGCUCCCAUGCAAGUUUUCCUCCCUUUACAUGGAAUGGCUCCAUCUCAUAAUACAAUUGAGCAAGAGUGAAUUUUUCCCAUUGUUAGCAUUUGCCAAUAAUUGCCAUUCAUGAAGAAUAAACUCAUUAUCCACCU